GCCCCUGGGCGUGCCAUGCGCAGCACCACACUACUGGCACUGUUGGCUGUGGUCCUGCUCUACUUGGUGUCCGGUGCCCUGGUGUUCCAGGCCCUGGAACAGCCCCAUGAGCAGCAGGCCCAAGGGGAGCUGGGGGAGGUCCGAGAGAAGUUCCUGAGGGCCCAUCCAUGUGUGAGCGACCAGGACCUGGGGCUCUUCAUCAAGGAGGUGGCUGAUGCCCUGGGAGGGGGUGCAAACCCUGACACCAACUCAACCAGUAACAGCAGCCACUCAGCCUGGGACCUGGGCAGCGCCUUCUUUUUCUCAGGCACCAUCAUCACCACCAUCGGCUAUGGCAACGCGGCCCUGCGCACAGAUGCUGGGCGCCUCUUCUGCAUCUUUUAUGCACUGGUGGGGAUCCCGCUGUUCGGGAUACUGCUGGCAGGGGUCGGGGACCGGUUGGGCUCCUCCCUACGCCGCGGCAUUGGUCACAUCGAAGCCAUCUUCCUGAGGUGGCACGUGCCGCCGGGGCUGGUGCGGAUUCUAUCGGCGGUGCUCUUUCUGCUGCUCGGCUGCCUGCUCUUUGUCCUCACGCCCACGUUCGUUUUCUGCUACGUGGAGGGCUGGAGCAAGCUGGAGGCCAUCUACUUCGUCGUGGUGACGCUCACCACGGUGGGCUUCGGGGACUAUGUGGCCGGAGCCAGCCCCAACCAGAAUUCUGCAGCCUACCAGCCGCUGGUGUGGUUCUGGAUCCUACUCGGCCUGGCCUACUUCGCUUCAGUGCUCACCACCAUCGGGAACUGGCUGCGAGUAGUGUCCCGCCGCACUCGGGCAGAGAUGGGCGGCCUCACGGCGCAGGCUGCCAGCUGGACCGGCACGGUGACUGCGCGGGUGACCCAGCGAGUCGGGCCCACGGCACCACCGCCGCCGGAGAAGGAGCGGCCACCCCUGCCUCCGCCGCCGUGCCCAGCGCAGCCCGCCAGCAGGCCCCUAUCCCCUGCGGCCCCGGAGAAGACCGAGCCACCCUCCCCGCCCACGCCGCCCACCCCGCCCACGGCCUCCGCGCUGGACUACCCCAGCGAGAAUCUGGCCUUCAUAGACGAGUCCUCGGACACGCAGAGCGAGCGCGGCUGCGCACUGCCCCGCGCUCCACGGGGCAGCCGCCGCCCCCUCAACACCCCCAGGAAGCCCGCGCGGCCCCGCGGCCCGGGGCGCCCCCGGGACAAAGGCGUGCCCGCGUAGGGGCAACACCCCUGCCCGGGCCUCUCAAAGGGCUCCGUUCUUGCUCUCUCCCCGGCAUGCUCUGCUUGUUUAACCAAAGAGCCCUCUCUCGACCGACCGGACUGAAACCUGGGGAGGAGGCUACGGGUUGCUUGUCUGCCACUCUCUGCUCCUGGCCCUCUCCUCACUUCAUCCAUUUCCAGAACCCCAAGGCUUUCUGUCUCGCUGUGCGUCUGGGCCUGUCCCUCACAACAUCUCACGACUGUGCCUCAAAGCCUGCAUCAAUAAACGAAAACAGUCUGCACCGCUGCGGGCGUGGAGCUCCGGGGACGCGAGAGGGUGUGCGAGUGCUUGCGUCGUCGGGCCACCUCCGGGGCAAGUCAGGCCUCACCCACGACCCCCAGGCCGAACCCUCUCCCUACCCCGACCCAUCGGUCAAGGCGCGGGACUCUUGGCUGUGCUUGGACGGGUGUCUCUGCCUGGAGGUUAAGGGUAGGGU